GUUCCCGCAGAGCCGCCAGCGCAACGAUUCUCCAGCCAGCCUGUCCUAAGACUUCUGCUGAACAGUACAUACUUUAGAAAUGUGACACUAAUCCUGGAAUCUCUGGUUUUGCGUUGUCACAUUUGAGAGUGCUUUCUUUGGCCAAAGCAUUUGUGCAUUUCGUUAAGGUUUACGCUAUUCUCAGAACAGUCUGGUAGUUUUGAAGUCUUGCACAAGUAUGAACAAGAGGAGGCGACCUGAGUUGCGGCAACUCUUUGUCGUGGGAUAAACAUCGCUUGUGGAUUAAAACGUGAAUUCAUGAGGAAUUUAAGAGGCGACGAGAACGAAGACCGGGCACAGCGCUUCCUCCUUAGGGACUGACUGACCAUGGUCGCCGUGGUCCGCGCUCUCAUGGUGCUGUUGCUCGGUCAGGUGUUGCUGGGAGGUGCCGCUGGACUCAUUCCUGAGAUCGACCGACGGAAAUACGGUGAUUCGGGGAGACACGCGCCGGAGCGGUCCGACAUAAGCUCUCUAAGCGAAUUCGAGCUUCGGCUGCUCAAUAUGUUCGGACUGAAGCGUAGACCCACGCCGAGCAAAUCGGCGGUGGUUCCUCAGUACAUGCUGGACCUGUAUUAUAUGCACUCUGAGAAUGAUGACCAGAACGCGCGGCGCCCGAGAAGCGCGAUGGGAACGCACGCUGAACGGGCGGCCAGCAGAGCGAACACUAUAAGAUGUUUUCAUCACGAAGAGGCUUUGGAGGCACUGUCCAGCAUGAAAGGAAAAACAACUCAGCAGUUUUUCUUCAACUUAAUCUCCGUUCCCAUCGAGGAGCUAAUCACCGCUGCAGAACUACGUAUUUUCAGGGACCAGGUUCUUACUGACACAACAGCCCCGACCAAUAGCAGCAGUGCAGGUGGCUUCCACCGAAUUAAUAUUUACGAGGUGUUUAGGCCAGCGCUAUCCCCCACCAAAGAGCCUCUUACUAGACUUAUUGACACCCGUCAUGUGCAGGACUCUCACACACGUUGGGAGAGCUUUGACGUGGGCUCUGUUGUGGCACGCUGGGCGAGCGACUCCAGGCAUAACCACGGCUUCUUGGUGGAGGUGCUCCAUCCUGAGGAGACGGAAGGACCAGAGGAGGCCAACAGCAACCGGAGGAGGCAUGUAAGGGUGAGUCGUUCCCUCCAUGGCGAUGAGGACUCGUGGUCGCAAGCCCGACCCCUGCUGGUCACAUACAGCCACGACAGCCAGGGCAACGCUGUCCUUCAUACGAACCGAGAGAAGCGGCAGGCGCGGCGAGGGCCAAAGCGCAGGAAACAGCACCAGCGCACAAACUGCAGGCGGCACAACCUCUAUGUGGACUUCAGUGACGUAGGCUGGAACGAGUGGAUUGUGGCGCCGCCCGGCUAUCACGCAUUCUACUGUCAUGGCGAGUGUCCCUUUCCUCUGUCAGACCACCUCAACUCCACCAAUCACGCCAUCGUCCAGACAUUGGUGAACUCGGUCAAUUCGAACAUUCCGAGAGCCUGUUGCGUACCAACGGAACUUAGUCCCAUUUCUCUGCUCUACCUGGACGAGUACGGGAAAGUAAUUCUUAAAAACUACCAGGACAUGGUGGUUGAGGGCUGCGGGUGCCGAUGAGAACUAUGUCUACCCAAUGAAGACUUUUAUUUAUACAAAAGAACUUUCAAAGAGCUAUUUUGGAAGAAGAAAAAAUAUAUGAAUAUAUUUAUGCUGACUGAUCAAAAAAUGGGAAAAUAAAUAUUUUAAGGAGAGAGUGCUUGCUUUUUCCAGUGGUUCUAAAGAUGUUUUUAUUCGUCCCAUGUACAUUUCAAAAUGAGUGCUAAAGCACAUGAAGUAUAAUGAUCAGAUUUUUAUUAUGUAUUUAUUGCAUAACCACUUUAUUUGUAAAUGCUGUGUAUUUAUCAUGAAAAAUAUAUGACCUUCAUUCAAUGUGCAUCUGGGAAUACAUUAUUUGAAACCAAAAAAUAAACCAUGGAUGAUGAAGUUCCCUUUCAAAGUCAUGAU